CUCGAGCCUCAAGCAGCUGAUUAAAGAUUUGUUCACACACUCGAUCGCUCCGAUUUUUGUUUUUCAACUUUUAGAGCCCCUAAAAUGAGUGACGUCCCAGAAAAUGCAGCCGAGCACUGCCCAGGAACAGCAAGUGAUUCGGCAGGGAAAGCGUCUGCCUGUGCCGGCUGUCCCAACCAAACAAUCUGCGCUUCUGGAGCCCCAAAGGGACCUGACCCCGGAGUUGCACUGGUCCAGGAGCGACUGGAGAAUGUAAAACACAAGAUUUUGGUUUUGUCCGGGAAGGGAGGCGUGGGCAAAAGCACGGUGACCACCCUGCUUGCCAGAGGACUGGCCAAGGACCCCAACAAAAAUAUUGGAGUCGUUGAUUUAGACAUUUGCGGCCCUUCUAUCCCCAGGAUGAUGGGCGUGCUCAAUGAAUCUGUUCACUCGAGCAAUGCUGGGUGGUCCCCAAUCUUUGUGAACGACAACUUAAGCGUCAUGUCCGUUGGAUUCAUGCUUGAAAGCCCUGACGAUGCAGUUAUUUGGAGAGGCCCUAAGAAAAAUGGUAUGAUCAGGCAGUUUUUAAGUGAGGUCGACUGGGGCUCCCUCGACUUCCUCCUUUUGGACACUCCUCCUGGCACUUCAGACGAGCACCUUUCUGCUGUCCAGUACCUGAAGGAUGCCAACCUGACCGGCGCCGUGGUGGUGACUACCCCGCAAGAAGUUGCCUUGCUUGAUGUGCGCAAGGAGAUCGACUUUUGCCGCAAAACCGGCAUCAAAGUUCUUGGUGUGAUCGAAAAUAUGGCCACAUUCAUCUGCCCUAAAUGCACUAAACCAACCGACAUGUUUCCUGCUAACUCUGGCGGAGCUGAGAAGAUGGCUGAUGAGCUGAAAGUUCCGUUCUUGGGGAGUUUGCCGUUGGACCCUCGAGUCGGACGUGCCUGCGACCAGGGAGAGAGCGCUCUUGAGGAUGAUUCCGAGUCCCCCACGGCCAAAGUACUGGACGCUGUUAUCAAAGCUCUGCUAAAUGUGUGUGGUGUUGUCACGGUGGACGACGAAAAAGACUGAAGAUACAAAUAUGGGUGUUUUUUGUAUAGUGUAAAAUGAAUUGAAAAUCAUUAUUUUAUCUAA